CACUGAAUAAAAUGUAUUAAAACAAAAUCUCUUUAAUGGUAAUAAAUAACGAAUCAAUCAUUAGAGUCAUUUCAUAAGGUUUUAUCACGAUCAAGAAGAGACAAAUUUGUAUCAACUAAAACGCUGUUCUACUCAGUCUGCAUUUAUUCUCCUUGGAAACAAGUUGUGUUAAAUUCACUUAAUCUCUGCUAGAAAAGAAACAUUUCAAACUUUAACUGCAGCUUUUUAUCGUAUACGAUGAAACUAUACUCGGUAUGUGAUGGUCCACCCAGUUUAACUUGUCGCACAACGCUAAAGGCUUUAAACAUUCCUUACGAACUUAUUGAUAUCAGCUACAAUUCUGGAGAACAUUUCACUGAUGAAUACGCCAAGUUGAACCCUCAACGUCAAAUUCCUGUUCUUGAUGACGAUGGAUUUUUACUGAGUGAACAUAUUGCAAUCUCACAAUAUUUGUGUGACAAAUAUGCUCCAAAUGCUUCAAUCUUUCCUCAAGACCCAAAUGUAAGAGCUUUGAUAACUCAACGUAUGUGUUUUAACAUGGCAUAUCUGUACCCACCAAUAUUAAGAUACGCCAUUGAUCCAAUUUUCUUUGAUUAUCAACGAGAUGCGGAAGGUCUCAAGAAAGUUCAAGAUGUCUUAUCAACUUUUGAAGAAUAUUUGAAAAGAGUUGGAAAGAAAUAUGCCGUUUCUGAUAACGUGACCAUUGCUGACUUUGCGUUUGUAUCAACAAUAAUUUGUUUGGAAGCAGUUGAGAUAACUUUCGAUGAAUUCCCUCUUAUCACAAAAUGGUACAAUAAUUUCAAGAAAGAGAAUCCCGAAGAAUGGGCAGUUGCUGAAGAAGCCAUGAAACUCAUAACAGAAUACGAAAAAAAUACUCCUGAUUUAAGCAAAUUGAAUCAUCCUGUUCAUCCCCGCAAAAUUUUAUGAAGAGAAGAAUGUAAAUAAACAUUAAAAAUGUCAAACG